ACUCCAUGUCAGCUGUUGGCGGUAUAGAGUGGAAAUACUCUGUUUACCAGCAAUACAAUCCGAAAAUAAGAAGUUCCCAUCAUGUCUUCUACAAACUGCGUUCACUUUAAGUGUCAUAUUCAGCUGAUUCUUUAAGAUUUAUCGAUGGUAUGAAAUGGCCACGCUUCUUCUUGUCACCUUGUAUGAAUACUCUCCACUCUUCUACAUCACUGUGGUAUCCUUUUGUUUUCUUGUGACGGCUGCCAUCGUCAUGGGCUGGUUUGGCUUUGAUGUCCCAGUGAUCCUUCGAAGCUAUGAUGAGAUGGAGUUUCUCAUCCCAACCCCUGAGAAACGAAUGGUUCAGGAGACUAAUCCAUUUUCUCUUGCACUGGGAUCUGGGCCAGCAUGUGUCAGUGAUGGUGUGUCACUGAGGCCUUGCUGUCUGGAGCGCUGUGUACUGAACUGUUUCUGGGGCUGUGAAGUCAGUGCUCUACAGGGGGCACUGCACAUCCAUCAACAAAACCUGAGGCUCACCAGUCCUCAACACUUCCUUGAAGCCUUGCACCAUCGCUUCCACUACCAUGAAAGUUUCUGUAUCAACAGCGGGGACGAACAGGAAUGUCACACAUGCAUCCCUGCUGACCAGAGAAUUACAGAUUUUGGGCCCCUGCCAAGGAAACACUAUCCUCUCGUGGCUGUACUGACUCUGGCAGACAACGAGGCCAGAAAUCAAUACUAUAUUGUGGCAAAUGUGAUCGUCAUUCAUGUUCCUGAUGGCAAAUACAACCUUUCUGCACGAAUUCUCUUUCAAUAUCUUCUCAGCCAACAAGGAAAGAUGCAUGAAUUAAAACCUCUCUUCAUGUCAGCUGAGAUGCAUAGGCCUCCUAACUUGGAGAAGAGCAGCCAGCCAGUUGAAGAACAGAUGGAUGGAAAUUCUAAUAGAGAGGAUAGUGACUGCUCAGAGGAGAUGGGUAGAAACUGUGUAAUAUGUCAAAAUGCAGGAGUGAACAGGGUGCUGCUGCCAUGCAGACAUGCCUGCGUGUGUGACAGCUGUAUGUUGCACUUUCAACACUGUCCCAUUUGCAGAGCCUUUGUCCUAGAGUCAUUUGCUCUUAGAACAACAUCAGGGAUAUGAUAUCAUAACUAGGAGAUAAAAGGCAGCAUGUCAUUAAACUCUGUACUAAACUGUUAAGAGUUGCUGGAUUUCAUUUCCUAACAUGCUUCAGGAGCAUACAUUUAAAGCAGUAUUCCUUAUUUUCACAUUUACCUUCAUGGGUCUCAUAAUUCUGAGCGAAAUUCACAACAAAAACUUUAAAUGCUUCAAAAUUAGCUCAGCUUUACCUCCAAAUGGUCUUCAAUUCUGCUUGUAUUAGUACCCUUCAAUUACCUGGUGUCAUAGUACUGAGAACUACAGGUUGAUAAAAUCCUCCAAAGCUCCUUUUUCUGUUUUGUUUUUUCUCACAAAUUUCAGAAAGUAGAUUAAUUACACAUAGAGUAAAAUAUUUCAAGCCUUUAUUUCUUGUAAUUUGUAUUUGAAAAUCCAAAAUUCGGUGUUUCAGAGAGAGACAAACUGCAUGUUCACACUUAAUUCCUGCAGCUGGUACGCGUCAUCAAUACAUCAUUCCCUAAACCUGUAAAGCUGGCUUGCCCUUAUUCAAAUCAGCCACUGCUGGCCUGUGACUAUCUUGCUUGGGGAGUCAGGAGCAUAACAGAAGCAGGCUGAUUUCUGUCUACUUCCUCAUCCAUUCCCAAACACACCAGCAAGUCCACCUCGGAAUGGCUGAAGAAAAACAAAAUGAGUACUUUGCUGUGGCCUAGUCAAAGUCCUGACCUGAAACCUAUUGAGAUGCUCUGGCAUGACCUUUACAAAUGCAGAUCAUGUUCGAAAACCCUCCAAUGUGGCUGAAUUAUAAUAAUUCUUCAAAGAUGAGUGGGGCAACAGAGGCAGGCUGACUUCUGCCUACUUUCGCAUCCAUUCUUUGACAAAACACAUGGAGGUGGCUAAAGGGCACCUUAAUACCACCUUGGAAGUGUUUUGUGAGAGAGGCUAUUGUCAGUGUUAGCAAAUGGUAAAACACAUUUUCUGUCUAAGGAAACCCAGCCGCAUGCAUCGAGUCAAUGACUUGCUGCAUUCACUCCUGGAGGAUCGAUCACUGACACUCAAUGCAUGGGUUUACAUAGAUAGAAAACAUCUUUUAACAGGUAGAAAACUUUUUUACCAGUUUGAAAAAUAAACAUAACAUGACAGCAUUGUUUGUUAUCUAAGAUCAAUUUCGAAUGUAUUUAAUUGACUGUCUAUAUGAUCAAGUGUCUUGAGACAACAUUUGUUAUUAACUUGCACUUUAUAAAUAAACUAAAUGAAUUGGA